AAAAGUAACCUCGGAAAGUUGCAAAAUCAGUCACUUGUUCACACCAACACAAAAGCUCGGUCAAAUGUAGAAACCCAUUGUGAGUAUGAACCUCAUCUUUGUAGACGAGGUGGAAAGGAUUUAUUCAACUUAUGUGUGCAUGAACAAACUCAUACUGAAAAGAAACCCUAUAUUUGUAAAGAUUGUGGGAAGGCUUUUUUGUAUUCAUCUACUUUACAAACGCAUGUGCGAAUUCAUACUGAAGAGAGGCCUUAUAUUUGUAAAGAAUGUGGUAGGGAAAUUAUCACUGUAUCUAAUUUACAUAGGCAUGAGCAAACUCAUAAUGGAGAGAAGCCUUAUAUUUGUAAACAAUGUGGUAAAGCAUUUUCGCAAUAUUCUACUUUAAAUGUUCAUGAGCGAAUUCAUACUAGAGAAAAGCCUUGUGUUUGUGAACAAUGUGGAAAAAGAUUCUCAAACAUAUCUGAUUUACAUAGGCGCGAGCGAACUCACACUGGAAAGAAGCCUUAUGUUUGUAAACAAUGCGGCAAGAACUUUUCGCAAUCAACUGGUUUGCACGUGCAUGAGCGAACACAUUCGGAAGAGAAACCUUAUGUUUGUAAACACUGUGGUAAAGGUUUUUCGCACAUAUCUAAUUUACAUAUCCAUGAGCGAAUUCAUACCGGAGAAAAGCCUUAUGUUUGUAAAGAAUGUGGGAGUAAAUUUCCUCAUGUAUCAAGUUUACAUAGACAUGAGCAAACUCAUCGGACUGGAGAGAAACUUUAUUUUUGUCAACAGUGUGGAAAGUUUUUUUUUGCGAUUAUUCAAUUCACAAGUGCAUGAGGAAACUCAUACUGGAGAGAGGCCUUAUGUUUGUAAACAAUGUGGUAGUGAAUUUUCGCAUGUAUCGAGUUUACUUAGGCAUGAGCGAACUAAUGAAUCUCAUGAUACUAUAGAGAUUUCUUAUGUUUGUAAACAACGUGGAAGAAAAUUUCCGCGACUAUCUCAUAUGUCGGCUCAUGAGCUAAUUCAUACUGGAGGAACCUUAUGUUUGUAAACAAUAUGGAAAGGGUUUUUCGUAAUUAUUUACACUGAAAGCGCAUGAGCGAACUCAUACUGGGGAGAAGCCAUAUGUUUGUAAUAAAUGUGGUAAAGGGUUUUCGCAAUCAUCUAAUUUAUAUGUUCAUGAGAGAAAUCAUACCGGAGAUAAUCCUUAUGUUUGUAAACAAUGUGGUAAAGGUUUUUUGAAUUCAACCGAUUUACAUAGGCAUGA